AUGUUCUGGGACGACUGUCAAGACGACAUCAUCGCCGCCAUGAUGACCAACAUGACCCUUGCAGGCGACGGCGGCGCCCACGAACGAAGAUCUAACCACAAGCUCUACACCCCAGCUAGCUUUGCUGCCUUCCUCAAAUUGAUCAGGAGUAGAGUGCAAGUUGGCGACUGGACCGCGACCAUUGAGGCGAUUCUCGCCCUAAUUGAGCAGGAACCGAGAAGGCAACCACAUGGAGACAGUGAGCCGGUCGCUGAUUACACUCCGGAGUUGAGGGCCUGGCUGCACCUGUUGAGAGUGUAUACAUCGCCUGAAUGGCCGGGGUCCUACAACGCCAGGAACUCAGUACCGAAGAACGAGAGGAUUUGGCAGUUGAAGACGUGGGUGAACAUUCCGCCGGUGAUGUGCGUGACGGUGGUGGUGCCUCAGCAUAAGUCACCUGUGGUGGGCAGUUGCCACGGGUUCGCGUCGGUACAAAUCGGUUAUGGAUGGCCGCAGCACGAGAAUACUCACAUAAGAGGCCCCGGGUCGAUCCUCAAAAUUACCAUGCGUCCCCCGAGCUUGGAAGGGAAAUACCAUUUGAUGGUGUCCUUUAUGGUCCCGACGUCGGUGCUUCUGACAGGACAUCCUGAGACGUCGAUGGUGAAGGUCCAGUUCCGACGGACCCCCAAUGUCGGCGAUUAUGGAGAUGAUCUUGGACCCGGACUGACCAUAUACGAAACGCCCCUCCACAACUAUGAUCAGGUCAUCAUCACCCGAUACCCGCCUCAGCUUGGUGGCACACCGACUGUGCAUGAGUUUCCCAGGACCUUACCUCCCCCGGAUCUGCCGGCUAGCGCCACCAUCGCAGCUGGCAUGAACGGCACACGAUACGAAAUCACCUCCCUCACCGCACGCCUCCAGUUCACAUCCCCCGAACUGAACUCCCGUCUCGCAAGCGGUUACACCGCCCACUGCCGCCAGGUAUCACCAUGUACAUACCUCAUCACUCUCAGCGGCAGCUUUACCGCGAGCCGCUGUGACAUGAAGCCCAUGAAAGCAUCACUCCCUGUACCCGAAGACGAACCCGAAGUAUGCACAUGGGAAUCAGCAUUCCCCUUCUCCUUCCCCCUUCUCUCAGAUGUAACCAAAGCACAACUUAUUACCGGCCCUGCAAGUCCUGACAACAACUUCAUCGAGCUGACCGUCGCCACCAUCCGCCCAGAGGUUUUCCGGGCAACCAUCUCUUCCCCAUCGUGGAUCUACCCCGUCCUCCUCCCCUCUUAUUCUUCCUCGCCUAUGCCAAUCUCAUGGUCCCUCCCCUACCUCCCCUGCUUCGACGACCUCCCAGUCAUCGACAUUGAGAAGAUUCGCUCCUCUCUACCCUCAUGGCCCCGCUUUACCCUUUGGCUCAACUUCCAAACGUACACCUUUGCCGAUUGGGAGCAUCAAAUGAUGGAGAACCAACCGCCAUCCCUGCUAGAUGACAUGCUGAGCCCUGGAGAGCUGUCCUGUUUGCAUUGGAAGAAGAUCGUGAGGUACAUGAUUUGGGAGUUUGCGGGGUCCGGGAGGAGGCAGAAUGUUUUUGCUGUUCGUCUGGAACGUCAAGAGAGGGUGGAGAUGGUCUUCUUCGUGUCGUGUUUGAGGUUAGACGUGGCGAAUCGGUGCGUGGUGCUUGAUGGAGCGGUUCUCGUGAGGACGGCGGAGACGGGUGGAUUGAUGGACGGAUUGGAGAAGGCGUUGAACGAUACUGAUACUGAGCUGGACACAUCCCUUGAUUAUCUCGACACUACACCUGACGGCCUCCAGCUCUGGAAGGAGAUCCUCCCAGCUUACGUCGAGCGUUGCCGAACCUGGGAGCAUGACCCCGAAAGGUGCGAGUACCUCCACCGCGCCAGUGCAAUGGGAGUGGUCACCCCAAUGGAUAUUGAUGACGAUGAGUCCUCGGUUCUUUGCAGCUGUGGCAACGGACGACUCCCGGACAAUGAUAGGAUCCCGCCAAGGGUGUGGGAGAAGAUCAAGAAACAUUUGGUGAGUGUGGCUAUCUCCCCUCCGUUUGGAUGUCCAUUUGUCGAGGAACCAUAUGUCCCGGAGGAUAAACCCAUUGCUCCGCCGCCGCCGCCUCCUCCUCCUAAAGUUGUGUGCAGGAAUUUACUGUUCCAGGGGUUGCCAAAGGGCUGA